CAUUGUGCGCCGCCAACGCACUCUUCAGAGCCUGGACCACGUGUACUGUGUUGACUGUCAAAGUCUCAGUCCAAUUCCCGGAAGCGGUGAAUUCUAAGAUAAGUUUCUGCACCUGAGUGCCCACGGUGUCCGCGAAUCUCCAACCAUGAGCGCUCCGGGUGUGCUAUCCUUUACUCAGCAAGGUUGGGAGCAGGUGCUUGCCAAAAUGAAACGAGCUCUGGUCUACCUGGACGCCGCCUGCGCAGAGAGCCUGCACUGGGGCUGCGGAUCCACACGACUUCUGGAGGCAGUGGGGAGUCCUGUGUGUCACCUGCGGGAGUUUGAGCCAGAUGCGGCAGGCGGCGGAGCCGAGCAGCCCAAGGCGGUGUUCGUGUUGAGCUGCCUGCUGAAAGGCCGGACCGUGGAGACUCUACGCAAGAUCAUCCGCCGCAGUCAUUUUCAGUACUGUGUGGUGGUCACGGCCGUGAGCCACGCUGUCCACCUCACAGCUAACCAUGUACCGGCGGCGGCAGCAGCCGAACUGGAGGGGCAGCAUCCGGUGUUCGAGCAGCUGGAGGAGAAACUGUGUGAGUGGAUGGGCAACAUGAACUACACGGCGGAGGUGCUCCACGCCCCCUUGUUGCUUGCCCCUGUUGCUCCCCACCUUGCCUUGACUCCAUCCUUCGCUUCCCUUUUCCCAUUGCUACCCCAGGAUGUGCAUCUCCUUAACAGUGCCCGACCGGACAAGAGGAGGCUGGGAAGCCUGGCUGAGGUGGAUGCUACUGCCCUGACCCCUGAGCUGCUGCUGCAGAUCAGGUGCCUGGUGUCAGGCCUCAGUUCUCUGUGUGAGCACUUAGGGGUACGGGAGGAGUGUUUUGCUGUGGGUACGCUCAGUCGGAUCAUCGCUGCAGAUCUGGCCAAUUAUGCCCCUGCCAAGAACAGGAGAAAAACUGCUUCAGGCAGGGCAUCAGUGGUCUUUGUGGACAGAACACUGGAUCUCACAGGAGCAGUUGGACAUCAUGGAGACAACUUAGUAGAGAAGAUAAUUUCAGUGCUUCCCCAGCUUCCAGGCCACACAAACGAUGUGAUGGUCAACAUGGUAGAGCUCACUGCACUCCAGGCCAAGGACGAGAAUCACAAUGUGGUUGCACCAGGCUGUCUCGCACAAUCCAAUGACACCACAGCCAGAGCCCUCUGGGAAGCCUUACUGAGCACCAAGCACAAAGAGGCAGUGAUGGAAGUUCGGAGACAUCUAGUGGAAGCUGCAAGCAGAGAAAACCUGCCAAUCAAGAUGAGUAUGGGGAGAGUAACACCCGGGCAACUCACGUCCUAUAUCCAGCUCUUCAAGAACAACUACAAAGCUCUAAUGAAUCAUUGUGGUCUCCUACAGCUUGGGCUGGCCACAGUUCAAACUCUCAAACACCCGCAGACUGCCAAAUGGGACAACUUUCUGGCUUUUGAAAGACUCCUUCUCCAGAGCAUUGGGGAGUCAGCAAUGUCUAUCGUGUUAAAUCAGCUGCUGCCCAUGAUUAAGCCUUCUAGCCAGAGGACCAGUGAUGACUAUAGCCCUGAGGAGUUGUUGAUCCUCCUAAUAUACGUUUAUUCUAUCACUGGGGAAUUCACCGUGGAUAAAGACCUGGGCGAGGCUGAAGAAAAAGUGAAGAAGGCAUUGGCCCAGGUCUUUUGUGAGGAAUCUGAGUUGUCACCGUUGCUGCAAAAAAUCACAGGCUGUGACUCUUCGGUUAACCUGACACUGCACAAAUCUCGAGGUGUUGUGAAUGAGCUCAUGAGUUCACUUCGGGAUGUUGCUGGAGCUCGGGAGCUCAUGAAACAGUUCAAGUCUGUAUAUGUUCCUGGAAGUCACACCCACCAGGCCUCCUACAAGCCAUUGCUGAAGCAAGUAGUGGAGGAAAUAUUUAAUCCCGAGAGGCCAGAUCCCAUUGAUAUUGAACACAUGUCUUCAGGCCUCACUGAUCUCCUUAAAACUGGAUUUAGCAUGUUCAUGAAGGAGGAUUUUUACAUUUCUUCCUGCCAUCAGAAGCAACAUUCUCCUAAAAUGGGCUUUACCUCAGAACAUAUUUGGAACCAUCUCGGGCAGCACUGGGCUGCUGGACUUCUCUUCACUCAAAGCCCCAGAGUAACGCUCAUGAAGAAAUUAAUGCUCUGCAGCUUGAGACUAAUCUCAAAGGGAGGUUUUCAAGUACAGGCACGCAUCGCUUAACAUCUAGGAUACAUUCUGUGGAAUAGGACGUCACACAAACAGUUUAUCUAAGGUUCCAACAUAUUCUUCUGCUACCUUCACAGUAGCACUCACAGACUCACCAUUCGCUUUCACAUUAUGCAGUGAAAAAAUGAUUGAAGCACUUGAACCACCCAGAGCCAGCGCUAAAUCGGAUAUCGUAGGCUGGCCCUGCUUUUUCUUUAAGCAUCUCGAACAAGCUUCGUGCCCCUCAACAUGUUGAGAGGAAUUCACUUUUGCGUUUUGUCCUCAAUCCACGUCCUUCGCGGUUUCUCCACAUCUGAUACACGUAGGUCCCUCUCACAUUUUCAUCAGCCUUGUAGCUUUCAAUGGAGCUAAACCUUUAACAGCUUGGAGAAUUUUUUUCUUUGUUUUUGAGGUUACGUCCAUCCACUGCAUCCCAGUCUCCAGUCGGGGUUUCUGAACUGUAUUACAACCUUACGUGACUACAGACAUCUAUGUUAGUCAGUCGGUUGUUGCCUGACGAAACAUUAUGUGGCACGUGACUGUAAUGGUUUUAAGAAGAAGGAAUUUGUGUUCCCCCAACAGCUGUCAGGAUUCAUUCCUCAGCCCUCAGCUGCUGGGGCCUCUACUCUCAGUUGUCAGGAGGUAUCUCAUCUGUCUGCAGAGGGCUGGGGGAGUCACAGUGGGUUGGCCCCACCCUACCACCCAAGGGACAGUCUUUUUGUUUGAUUUCUAAGUGGACUUUGUUGGGUGGCUCUUCCUACCAUUCCACAGAGUUCAGCAAGGAAAGUUACCUCUGGCCAUGGGUUCAGGGUCUAAACAAAAUUGGGAUAAACUUAAAGAGGAAUAACCAGUGGGGCUUAAUUGUGUAAUGAAUUGUGUCCCCUAAAAUAUGUAUUGAAAUCCUAACCCCUAUACCUGUAAAGGUGAUCCUGUUUAGACAUAGGGUUUUUGUUGUUGUUGUUGUUAAGUUAAUGAGGUCAUACCAGUGUAGGGUGAGUUCUAAUGCUAAUCACUUCUAAGUUAUAAAAAGAGAAGAAUAGACACAGACAACACACAAGAGGAAGAUGAGUGCCAAGGAACACAAAGGACCACAGGCAGACGCCAGAAAGUGGGAGAGAAGCUCACAGAAGGAAUCCAGACAGCCUAGCCCCUGAUUUGGACCUUUAGCCCCCAGAACUGUGAGAGAAUAAAUUUCUGUUCUUUAAAGCCACCCACUUGUGGUAUUUCUGUUACAGCAGCACGAGGAAUCUAAGACAAGCUUUGAGGGAAGUAACUGUGAAGCCAUCAGGAGACGGUAUCUUAUACUCUGCUUUAAGGUGCAUGGAGAGAGGAGAAUACCAGAUGCAAAUGGAGUCUAAAUGGUCAUGGCCAUUUACUGUGUCUCUCUUGUUCUGUUUUCCAUUGUUCUCAUCACCUCAAAGCUAGACAGCUCGACCAUGGGGCAAGCCAAGCCGUUUCCAUCCAUUUAUGUAUUUAAUCCUCGCAACAACCCAAGGAGGGAGAGCCUAUCAUUAUCCCUGCUUCACUGAUGAGGAAACUGAGGCCCAGAAAGUUAAGCAGUAGGUGUGAACUUCCAGAAGGCUGGGAUUGGUUCUUACUCUCCUCUGUAUUCUCAAGUGUUUUUGAAAGAGCACACAGUAAAUGGUGACACCAGGAUUUGUCCCCACAUCAGCCUCAUUCCAAAGCCCAUGUUCUUAACCACCACAUUUUUUGACUCCAGGUUGCUGUCAGAGAUUUUCUUGGAAGUUAAAUAGUCAUAUAAAAUGAAUUCUGGCUUUCUUCAUGAUUACUCAUUAGCACUAACCACAGUGUCCCUUUCCGGUAUCUAUCCAGCUCAUCGAUAAAAUCCAUGCCUGGUACCUCUGGGAUCUGCUUCCCAGCCUUCUCUCUCAAAACUCACUGGUGCUGGGCCAGAAACAAACAAAAAGAUGAGCCUGAUGAGUCAAGGCAUCCCUGUGGGAUCCUCUCCAUGCUUAGAGUGCUGCGUACAGAGCACUUCCUUUAGCCAAAUGGGAACAUUCGAGAGGUGAGCUUCUGGUCUGUCCUGCUCUUUCUCAGGGCUCACAGAUGGCCUCCCAGGUGAUAUUGGCUCCAGGUCACCCAAAGACAUUUUAUGUAGGCUAUGCAGGGGGUGAGAGUAGAUGGAGAAGCAGUGAGAAAUGAGCUGGGAGACAGAGUCAGAAAAUAACCCCAUGAGGCCAGUGGUGGUUCAGUGGUAAAAGUCUUGCCUUCUUUGUGGGCGACCUGGGUUCAAUCCUGGGCAAUGCGCCUCAUGCACAGCCACCGCCCAUCUGUCAGUGCAGGCUUGCAUGUGGCUAUGAUGCUAAACAGAUUUUAGCAGAGCUUCUAGACUAAGACACUAGAAGAAAGGCCUGGCAAUCUACUUCCAAAAAUCUGCCAAUGGAUCACAAAAAAGAUGGUGCAGGACCAGUCAUUGAUUCAUUCUAUUGUCCUUGGGGUCACCGGAUGUCAGGGCUAGCUCAAUAGCAGCUAACAACAGAUAUCCCCACAGAAUGUACUGUGUGUGCCCUCACAAGGGGAUAAUAGAACAUAGGAUUUUCCAGGUCUCCUGUGCCUUCUUUAGGGUUCCAUGCCCCUUUGUGCAAACUUCUGUGGCAGUACUUGUGCAUUGUUUUGUAAUUAUGCAUAUUAGGUAUCUUCCUCCAGACUAGAAGUCCUUGGGUAAUACAGUUGGUUAAGUGCUCAACUACUAACCAAAAGAUUGGCAGUUAAAACCUACUCAGAGGUACCUCAGAAGAAAGGCCUGGCAAUCUUCUUUUCUAAUGAUCACAGCCUUGAAAACCCUAUUGAGCAGUUCUACUCCAUACACAUGAGUCACCAUGAGUCCGAAUUGACUUGAUGGAAACUAGUUUGGUUUGUGUGUGCUUUUCCAACUGCACAACCCGUUAGUGGGCCAAGAUAUCAGUGGACUGUAAUCAACAUUUUUAAUGGAAAGAAAAAAUAGAAUGGAUCAGAGUUUAUUGCAUCUAGAAUGGUGGAACAAAAGAAUCAAAACACACAUACAUACAUGUACAAUGUAUUUCUUACUCUUAAGUCACAGCAAAAAGAACCUGGAAGCUAUGGCUGUGAGAACCAGAGGGCUGGGCCUAGGUCUCGUUCUUUUCUGCAUCCGUAUCACCUGACCUUUGUGUAGGCUUUACCUACAGUACCAAACCAUAAACCAAGCCCAUUGCCAUCAAGUCAGCCCCUGCCUCAUGGUGACCACAUAUAUUGCAGAGUAGAAACGCUCCAUAGAGUUUUCUUGGCUGGCAUGUUAAUGGAAGCAGAUCACUAGGUCUUUUUUUCACAGUACCAGUAGGUGGGUUCAUCCUGCCAACCUUUAGGUUAGUAGUCCAGUGCAAAUUAUUUGUACCACCAGGGACCUAUUUACAUACAGUAGGACUCACUAAAAGGAGCCCUGGUGGUGCAAUGGUUAAGGGUUCAGCUGCUAACUGAAAGGUUGGUGGUUCGAACCCACCCAGCAGCUCCAUGGGAGAAAAAAACCUGGUGAUCUGCUCCUGUGAAGAUUACAGCCUAGGAAACCCUAUAGAGCAGUUCUACUCUGUCAUGUAGGGUCAUUAUGAGCCGGAAUCAACUCCACGGCACAUAACAACAACAGGACUCACCACAGAUUUGGAGGUGGUCAUGGGUGAACUGUUACAGCUUUUACUCACAAAGCAGAGCAUCUUCAAGUCUUUGGCUUCUCUUCCUGACUCUGCUGCCCUUAAGCCAAAGCGCCAUUUCAGCAAUUUCACACGAGAUGAAAAGCAGCAGCCAGAUCAGUCAACUUCAGUGACCCUCAAAGGAGUCCCUGACCCUCCUUUACAGCAGCUACUGAGCAAGGCAAGCUGGUCAUGAUUUCAUCAUUACGUGACACCGAAGAGCAGGGUCCACUUGCCGGGCAUUGAUGGAGCGGAGAUGGGUACCAGGGUGGAGAUGGGAACUUGCCUUGGCCAAGGGGUGAAUUAUCCAAAAGGCAAGGCAAGUACCAUGCUUACCAUUCCUGCUAGGGAUGUGAAAUUGAUCACUACAGACUGGUAAGCAAGCCCAUGCUUACCUUGCCUUCAGGGUCAUCCACCCCUGUCAAGGACUGGAAAUGUGAAAAAAGGCUUUGAUUCUGUAGGAAGGUGCUGUGGUUUUGGAAGAGAGACGGAUGCCACCCCUACCUAGAAGCAGAGUCUUUGAUGUGGCGAAAACGUAAAUUGUUCACUACGGAUUAAUAAGGAAGCACAAGUAAACCUGUGCUUACUUGCUUAUUGAAUAAUCUGCUCAUGGACCUUGGGCACAUCACUUAAUCUCUCUGGGCCUUAGUUCCUUGUCUGUAGAAUGGGAAUAAUAACAGUACCUACUUCAUCCGGCUCCAAUGGGAAUUGGAUGAGUUCAUGCACGUGAAGAAGCACUCAGAGUUAAUGCAUGUGAAGUGCCUGGCCUACAGUAAGUGGUGUGUUGCAUUCGCUGUUCUAUUUUUAGAAGCUUGUGUCCCCUGCCAGACUGUGACUCUUGAGAAAAGGGCUACUUUGAGUAUCUUUAAACCCCUGCACAUAGCAGUGCUCAGCUUUUGGUGCACACAGCUUAAUUGUCAGGUGAACAAAUGAAUAAAUAGAAGAGAAUAGACUCACUUGCCUCCCAACCAAAGAAGAUGCACGCAAGCAUUUAUUUCCUCUUUAACUCUUGAUUUGCUGUUGCCAGAGACCUGGGUGCAGACUUCUUCCGUUGAGCUUGUGUGUGGGAAGCCAUGUUUAUAGGCUGUGAUGUAUUUUACAGACCCCCAUUUUCUUCCACUGUGAGCUCAACCUGUUGACCUCCUCAGUUUGGAAGGGGGGGCAUGGAUUAUGGCUCCUGAGGCAAGCUGUAGGGAGCCAGUGAAAUUCAAUGCAUGUACCAAAGGAAGAGAAGAGAAGCCAGCAGGACCAGAUCCUGGCCACCCAGAACAUGGAGGCAGAGCCCAAAACAGCUCGGACCCCUGGCUCUGCCAGGGAGCAUUUCAGAAGCACAGCCCCCGAGGGCUGGGAGGGAGCGAGUGUUCAGCUUUGUGAAUGUUUGCUGAGGCGCCUCAAGCAGCCCUGGUGCUUUAGAGUAAUGGAAUGCAGAGGCAAUCUCAGCUCAGUGAGAAAAAGUUAAAA